AUAUCCAGGCCCUUCAUCCACAUGGAGACGACAUCGGUUCUGGAGCUCAGUGAAAACGUGGUCCUGAACUGCUCCCAUGAUAAUGGCACCAAGACUGCAUACAGGUGGUUCAAAGGGGGGAAGCAGCUGAGCAACAUGACGCGGUUCGUGUUGUCUCCGGAUCAGAAGUUCCUGACCAUCAUGCGAGUCUUGAUGGCGGACGACGAUAUCUACAUCUGCAUGGUGGAGAAUCCUGUAGGCAAUAUGACGAGCCUGCCCAUCAAACUGACCGUCUACAGAAGGAGUUCGCUCUACAUCAUCCUCUCCACUGGAGGCAUCUUCCUCCUCAUCACGUUGGUCACAAUAUGUGCCUGCUGGACGCCUAACAAAAAGCAAAGGCACCACCACCCAGCUGGAAACCCUGUCUACAGAUACAAUGACUACUCUGAUUGCUUACGAAUCACUCACACAGAUGAUUUGCUUCCCAAAAGGACGGAGCGUAAUGGAAUAAAUGCUGUGACGUCGCUUUACGUCCUGCAGCAGAAGGUAAAACUCUCUAUGAUCUAAAGUACAAAUGCUCUC